AACGGCCGAGUUUUGGUUAAGUUCUAGCCAAUCAGAAUCACUCAGCUCAUAUUAGCCUUUUUGCUCUUUCUUUUCUUCUCCAACAAACCAACUUCAGCGACAAGAUAACAAAACGCUUUCAGACGAUCGGAUAAAAUGGCGGAGAAGAGCUUUAAGUACAUCAUCCUCGGCGGCGGUGUCUCAGCCGGAUACGCAGCUAAGGAGUUUGCUAAUCAAGGGGUUAAACCAGGAGAAUUGGCUGUUAUCUCGAAAGAGGCGGUGGCUCCAUAUGAACGCCCUGCACUUAGCAAGGGGUAUUUGUUUCCUGAAGGUGCUGCUAGACUUCCAGGGUUCCAUUGCUGUGUUGGUAGUGGUGGAGAAAAACUGCUUCCUGAAUCCUACAAGCAGAAAGGGAUUGAGUUGAUACUAAGUACAGAAAUAGUGAAAGCUGAUCUUGCUGCCAAGAGUCUUGUCAGUGCAGCAGGGGAUGUCUUCAAGUAUCAGACUCUCAUAAUUGCAACUGGUUCUACUGUGCUCAGAUUGACUGAUUUUGGAGUAAAAGGUGCAGACUCUAAGAAUAUCCUUUAUCUGAGGGAGAUCGAUGACGCUGACCAAUUGGUCGAAGCAAUUAAAGCUAAGAAAGGUGGAAAGGCUGUAGUUGUUGGUGGAGGUUACAUUGGUCUUGAGCUUAGUGCAGCUUUGAGGAUCAACAAUUUUGAUGUCACUAUGGUUUUCCCUGAACCUUGGUGCAUGCCUAGGCUUUUCACCGCCGAUAUUGCUGCUUUCUAUGAGACUUACUAUACAAACAAGGGAGUGAAGAUCAUUAAAGGAACAGUGGCAUCUGGGUUCACUGCUCAGCCAAAUGGAGAGGUGAAGGAAGUACAACUUAAGGAUGGGAGGACACUGGAAGCCGACAUUGUGAUAGUUGGGGUUGGUGCAAAACCAUUGACAUCCUUAUUCAAGGGACAGGUCGAGGAAGACAAAGGUGGAAUUAAGACCGAUGCAUUCUUCAAAACAAGUGUUCCAGAUGUUUACGCUGUUGGUGACGUUGCCACUUUCCCUUUGAAAAUGUACGGAGACGUGAGAAGGGUCGAGCAUGUUGACCAUUCCCGCAAAUCAGCUGAGCAAGCUGUUAAGGCGAUCAAAGCGGCUGAGGGAGGUGCAGCGGUGGAGGAAUACGACUAUCUUCCAUUCUUCUACUCUCGCUCCUUUGAUCUCUCAUGGCAGUUCUACGGAGACAACGUAGGAGACUCUGUGUUAUUUGGAGACAGCAAUCCAUCAAACCCAAAACCAAGAUUUGGAGCAUAUUGGGUUCAAGGUGGUAAAGUGGUUGGAGCAUUCAUGGAGGGAGGUAGUGGUGACGAGAACAAGGCUUUGGCUAAAGUCGCCAAAGCUCGACCUUCUGCAGAGAGUCUCGACGAGCUUGUGAAACAAGGAAUCUCCUUUGCAGCUAAGAUCUGAGUGAAACACAACCACCAAAACAAACUCACUUUUUCUCUUCCAUGUUAAAAUAAAAACAUGUUUAGCAA